AUGUCGGCACUCAUGUUCCAGCCUCUAACCUGGAGGGCCAGCAGACUGUUCUUCAGACAACCCUGGCGUGACGAACUCUGCGAGUGUCGCGCAGACACCCCUGAUUAUGGCAGAGGUACACAAACCGUCACACCACAAUUUGAGUAUCGUUUUUCUCCUUCUCUGUGCCCAGGCGCAUGGCUGGUUGCACUCUCAUCCUUCUCAUUUCUCUCUGUGAGUGCUACUAGUCUGUCAACGAGCAAGCGAACCUCUGCUAGCAACCGAAUCGAUACCACACUCGUCUGGGAUAUGUUGAAGGCCAUACACAAACCCAUCCAGCUGUUUUACAUUCGAGCAUGUCUUCUGACAGGACGACUAGUUGCUGCUGAAGAAGAACUGAAAAUGCUUCAGUCUGAUGAGGAAGGGGUCGCGAACAGUGCACCCGAAGAAGUUUGUUUGAAGGAAUCCACAGUCACGACCCAGACUGAGUCGACUGAAGUCAGUCAGUCCGAAGGAGCUGGGAAUCAGCAUGACUCCGCUAAAACUUCCGCGGCUUUCAACUGGACUACGGGCCACUGUCUCCAGUUCCUUCAGGCACAAUUGGCCUACCUCAAGAACAUUCAUUCCGAUGCUUUUCGGCGUCUUUCGAACAUACCGCCUCCAGCUCAAGCUCCUUCAGAGACUGGUCAUUGUGAGAGCAGUCUGGUCUGGAACAACCUUGCUCUUGUGCACCACCGUUCUGGACAGUUUCAUUUAAGCGGAUUACAGCUUCGACGGGCGUUACGCGAGACAGAUAAAACACUUCGUGAUGCUGUACCGCAGUUGCGUUCAGGACCUUCCAACGGCAACCACGGGAGAAGUGUGGCACAGCUGUUGACUGGUAAUAAGGAUAUUUUGAAUCAGAUUCCUUUACGUGCGUUCAGCUUGAGUCAGCAUCACGCAUUACUGUACAAUCUUGGCAUACAACUACUGUUCGCACGCAAACCAGUAGCUGCAUUCUCAACUCUUUUGCAACUAAUCAACAGUUAUCCACGAAAUCCCAGAUUGUGGUAUCGCCUCGCAGAAUGCUGCAUCAAAGUACAUUGCCCGGACAACCUAUCUUGGUGGCAGCCCCAAGCACGCUCGUCUUGCAUACUUGAAACUGUCGGGGUUGGACCUUGUAGAAACGUCAUGUUAACAUUUGGUACCCGAGAGCCUUCAAAACCAUGGAUAGAAACGGCAUCUAUGCCCUCUCCGACCCUGGAGUUUGGUUCGUUCUGCCUUCGAAAUGCAUUGCUUUUACUUCCUCGCCCGCCGACAGAACUGUUUCUCAGUAGUCAGACCGACAAAAGCGCGUAUGACGAUCAGCAGACAAGGUUACUGAAGUGGUCAGAAAGCCAAACUGUUGCGGUUCUUCCGUCGCCAGUUCCUCUCCGAGGCCUCGGACUGCUGCAUUUGAUGACGGCAGUUCAUUUGGGAAUUGCAUACACUGCACUCUGCCUGAAUAACCCAGUUGACGUUUUGCCUAGUGCUCGGGCCUUACUCGAGGACACUCAGUGUAUCACAUCCAAUCCGGCAGAACCCAAUGACGGAGCUGGAACACAAACUGAUUACAGUACCUCUAAUGCGAUUCACUUGACGUGGGUGGCGCCACCGGCUUAUCGAUUUUUGGCUCGAUUGUAUCUGGCAGAAGCUCUCGUUAGCUUGGAUCGAGUAUCCGAAGCCACGCUCCUGUUAAGGUUCCGGAUUCCGGAUUCUGUUUUGUCUGAAAAUCAGCUGCCAGCGAUCUACUCCUCCUCCAUAAGUCUGGACUCAGACAGUCUCCAACCUUGCACGAACCAGAACGAUCCAGAACAUCAACUGGAGCACUUCAGUCAGGGAUAUGGCACGAAGAUACGGAGUCAACAUUCUGAUGAAGCUUCUCCUGGCCACUUGACCAUCUAUUCGCCCGACUUUCCCCGCACUGGAGUGCAGUCUACUGCACUACUGUUGUAUAAUCUGGCGGCUACUUUGGCUGUGGACAAACAGUGGACACUGGCUGAACACAUUUUGCACUUAUCGCUGUCUGGAUUGUCACUUCCGGUGGAAGACCUUAAUGGUCAUAAAUGGACUUCCUCAACCCAGUCACCCUUAGUCUCACUAUGCUCCUCUGUGUUACCUUUACCUGCGAUUCUGCUCAGAAUCUACCUGAGUUUGACGCUGAACAAAUCGGAUCAAACAUUAUUCCUGCUGAGAGAAUACUUUGGUCAUCUUACCUUAGCCGGCCGAUUGCAUAAUCCGUUCAGUGUACCCAAGAAACCGGUAGGCAUAGAGCCACCUGCUCUGGAGAAAUCGCGGGGAUGGACCAUGAGUGAUUUGAGACAACUAUUAAAGGCUUCCAUGAAUUCGGGUAUAUCCCAGAUAGCCGCUGGAGCUCGUGGACCCGUGCAGUCAUCGCAACCGAAUGUCCAGCGUCCCACCAGUUUAUGGGCCCCAACCCAACAUUUCAAACAGCCCGUUAAUGCUCAACCACAACCUCAAGCAACAAAUCAUCUACCUUCUUUGUUGCAAAGUCAAGCAACGUCAUCUCAAAUUCAUGCACAAUACGCUGGCCGCUGGGAGCAACAACCUGCAAGUAAUCAGACCCAAGCAACUGGACUUAUCACAGCUGCCAACGAAAGCGAUUGGCCCCCGCUGUAACGCGGGUAGCUACGGGUAUCCUUUCUUAGUGUGCCUAUGAACCUCCGUUUCUACGACGACCUUUGAGUUUAUUUUCAGACUACUUAUUUAUCUUUCAUAUUACGUCGUUUGGUUGUGACGUUCAUCCCAGUUUUUGCGCCACUUGUGAAUUUCUAGCAAGAUUUG